UGGGCACAGAAAAUAUAAACCUGCCUCAUUCGAAAUUCCCCUGUGCGCACACCAAAUAUUUUUGUCCAUUUCUUUCGUUGCCUUAAAAGGAUUAAUAUAUAGCCACCUCCAUCUCUUGGCCUUGAUUCCCUUUCAAUCCAGUACUCCUCUCCAAUGGCCUCCACUCGUCUCUUGCUUCAACUUUUCCUCCUCACCAUUUUCAUCGCUGUUUUCCUUGUUCUUGUAAACACGAUCCCGGCCACCACGUACCACCCUUCCAUCUCGAAGAACACUUCCCCGAUCACCCCCUGCUACACAUCCAUCUUUAGCUUCGGCGACUCCCUCGCCGACACCGGAAAUUUUCUCCACUACUCCGGCAACAAUUCAGGCCCGGUUGCCCAUCACCCAUACGGCGAGACAUACUUCCACCGCGCCACCGGCCGGUUCUCCAACGGUCGACUGGUCGUUGACUUCAUCGCACAAGCCAUGGGACUGCCCCUCGUGCCGCCGUAUCUCGCCGGAAAAAAUAGCCAGGAUUUCCGGCAUGGAGCGAAUUUUGCGGUCGCCGGAGCCACCGCGCUUGACAAUGACUUCUUUAGGGCCAAGGGGCUUAACGUCGCAUGGCCGGAGUACUCGCUGGGUGCCCAGAUCAAGUGGUUCAAGCAAUUGCUGCCUUCUCUGUGCUCCUCGGAUUCAGAUUGCAAAGGACUCAUGAGCAACUCGCUUUUCCUCAUGGGAGAAAUAGGAUGGAACGACUACAAUCACCCGUUCGUCCAAGGAAUGACCAUAAAAGAGAUACGUACAUUUGUUCCAGACAUCAUCCAUGUCAUCAGCUCAGCGAUCACUGACUUGAUCGAACUUGGGGCAAAGACAGUGGUAGUACCAGGGAUCGUCCCAUCCGGAUGUGUCUCCUUGUAUCUUACCGUGUUCCAAAGCCAGAAACGAGAAGACUACGACCCACAGACGGGCUGCAUUAAGUGGGCGAACGAGUUCUCGGAACACCACGGUCGUCUACUUUCGGAGGAACUCGACCGGCUCCGACGGCUUCACCCUCAUGCCAUCAUCAUCCAUGCUAACUAUUACGAUGCCAUAAUGAGCAUCUUCCGUUCUCCACAGCAAUUUGGAUUUAAGAAGUCACCUCUGGAUGCGUGCUGCGGAGGUGACGGACCUUAUAAUCUGAACAUUUCUUUAAGGUGCGGGGAUCCAAUGACUACGGUGUGUCACGAUCCGUCGAAGUAUGUGUUUUGGGAUGGGACGCACCUAACGGAGGCGGCUUACGAGGUCAUCUCUCGAGGUUUAUUAGAAGGACCGUAUGCCACUCCUUCCAUAAUCCAAACGUGCCGCCAUUUAGAGUAAAAUGCCGCUCAUGAGUCAUGACUCCCUUGUUCCGGGAAAAAAAUUUUUAGUCGCCGAAAUAUGUUUUUUUUUUUUUUUUUGUUUUAAGAAAGCUGAUGUCUGAAUAUUUUAAAAAAUUAGACUUUGUAUGUCUCUUCUGUAUGAUUUUUUUUUCUUACAUAAAAUAUUUUUUUUUUUCUUUUUUUUUCCUACAAACCAAAUGAAUCUUCGGCUCCAGUAGCUUUCUAGGUAAGGUUGGCACUUGGCUCUUAGUGGUAGAUUAUUGGGGGCUAGUAUGGUUUUGACUUUGUCACAAGAUUCUGUGUGAGGACUGCUACUCUUGAUUGAUGUAAUUGAUAAUUAUUCUAAGACGCAACCUUGCAAGAAA